GCCAUUAUUACUCCGCGAUGGUGGCUGAGGGUGGCUUCACGUAAGGAAAAACACUGAGACACGCUGACAAACUCUGGACCCACCGAGCUCACCUAUGCGCCCAGGUGUCACAGGUGUUUGUUUGUUCCUCGACGCAGCUGCUCCGGUUGAGUUUGGUGUAGUAUUUAGACGUGCCUUGACGGUCCUCAAAUGACGGCGCAGGUAGACUACCUGGUGGUGCUGUGCGCCGCCACAUCUGGCGCCGGUGGAGAGCUGCUGGGUUCCGACGAGAAGGAACUAGUGCGGCUGGUGUGGCAGCAGGUGGAUGUAAAUAACAAAAAGUUAGGUAAGGUGAACGAGAUUCUGAUUACGCCUGAAGUGUCAGACUCCACAGAGGCAAAAGAACCGGACAAUGUGGUGACGGAGUUUGUAGAAGAAGCAGUAGAAGAAGAACAAGAAGAAGAAGAAGAAGAAAAUGGAUCCGGAGCAGAUUGUGUCUUUAACGCCAAGAGCCUUGAAAGUGCUUUAAAUAUGUUCCAACUCCAGCUCACGAAUGAAGUGAACAGCGCAGGUGCGGGCACGUCAGUGUGUUUAUGUACAGACGGGCAGCUCCAUAUCCGUCAAGUUGUUCACCCCGAGGCCACCGGCAAGAACAUCCUGAUCCCAGAAUGCUUCUACUCCUUCUUUGACCUUCGGAAAGAGUUCAAGACGCACUUCCCCUCAUCUAACCUUAAGGCUUUGGACGUAUACGCCAUGGCGGAGUCUUUAAGUAUACCGGUAGAAGUGGGUACAAUGGAUCCAUCGGCCACUUUGUCUCCAGAAGCGGCAGUGCAACAGGUCCAGACCAUGGCCGACAUUGUGCUUACCCUGCUUUCUGAGCCAUUAUGUCACACAUUCUCAAACCCGGAAAGAGUCAAUGAGAAGUUUGAGACGGGUACUUGCAGUAAAAUGGAGAAAGUCAACGACAACACAGUAAUCAGAGCCAGAGGUUUGCCUUGGCAGUCAUCAGACCAGGACAUCGCCCGCUUCUUCAGCGGACUAAAUAUUGCCAAAGGAGGGGCUGCGCUGUGCCUCAAUGCUCAGGGGAGGAGGAACGGCGAGGCCCUCGUUCGUUUCAUCAGUGAAGAACAUCGAGAUCUAGCGCUUCAAAGACAUAAGCAUCAUAUGGGGAACAGAUACAUAGAGGUUUACAAAGCAACAGGAGAGGACUUCCUGAAGAUAGCAGGAGGUACGUCCAACGAAGUAGCCAUUUUCCUGUCCCGGGAGGACCAGAUCAUAGUGAGGAUGCGAGGGCUUCCUUUCACGGCCACGCCCGAGCAGGUGCUGGCCUUCUUCUCGCCUGCGGACGCACUGAAAGACACAUGUCCGGUCAGCGGAGGGAAGGAAGGCAUCCUAUUCGUACGCUACCCGGACGGCCGUCCCACUGGUGACGCCUUUGUCUUGUUCGCCUGCGAUGAACACGCACAGUGUGCACUCAGGAAACACAAGGAGAUCCUGGGGAGAAGAUAUAUAGAGCUAUUCAAGAGUACGGCGGCGGAGGUCCAACAGGUGUUGAACCGCUACUCGUCCGCCCCUCUAAUCCCCGUGGCCCCCGCCCCCUUGGUGUCAGUGUUGCCCACCGUGUCGCUCCUGCCCCCUCCUGUCAGCGUGAGGGACUGCCUGAGGCUGCGGGGGUUGCCCUACACGGCGAGCAUAGAGGACAUCCUAUCCUUCCUGGGCGAGUUCACCCAGGACAUCCGACCGCAAGGCGUCCACAUGGUCCUCAAUCAGCAGGGUCGUCCGUCGGGCGACUGCUUCAUCCAGAUGACAUCCGCGGAAAGAGCACUCUCGGCCUCGCAGCAGCUCCACAAGCACAUCAUGUCGUGCCAGCGGGGGCCCAACAGCCGCUACGUGGAGGUGUUCCCCUGCAGCGCCGAGGAGAUGGGCCUAGUGCUGAUGGGAGGCUCGCUCUCACACACGCACACACACACACACACCCGGAACAGGAGUGGGACAGGGCUCAGCCCGCCGCCAUGUAAGUCCAGACGUCUAUCACCGCCGUCCUACUCCUUCACGCCCACUCCACACAUCCUGCCCACCGACGCCGCCACCGCCGCAGCCGCCGCAGCCCUCUACCCUCCCCUCGGUCAGGUGUUGCUAGCUCCUCGUCCUCUACACCCGGGUCACGCCUACUACCCCUCGUCGGCACAGCUUUACAUGAACUACACAGCCUAUUACCCCAGCCCACCUGGCUCUCCCACCACUGUAGGUUUCUUCCCCUCCCCCUCCGCCCUCUCCACACCUGGGGGGUUGAUGCGCAUGCCGGGUCUGACCUACAACAGCAAAGACCUCAUCAAUGCAAUGCAGGGAUAUCAGACUCCCGUGGAGCCGGUUUCCCUCCUCAGCAGCAGCCUGAUUGGCCAAUCGGGCGGGGGCGACCCGCCUCUGGUGUCCCUCCCCGGCCUGGUGACCAAGCCCGCGGGACAGUACCUGGACCUGAGUCUGCUCUAGAGAGCCACGCCCGGUCCGAAUCCCACGUAUUGUUAGCCUUUUUAAAACGUACUCUUAUUUAUAUGUUCAAGAACAGCCGCCAUCAUAUUUGAUACCAUUUUAUUGCACAGUGUCUUUCUUCUGGAAAGCUUUAUAGCCAUGUGUUACAUUAUUAUUAUUAUUAUUAUUAUUAGGAUUAUGAGCGUCACUAUUAUAUAUUUCACAACCAACCAAAGUGGUAAAGAAUGUCGUUGUGGAACGAGAGAGAAAUGUUCAAGCUUCUCCGUGAAGAGAGAAAGUGUGUGUGUGUGUGUGUGUGUGUUUAUACAUGGGACUAUUGGGGCCACAGUGAAAAGACAACAAAUAUUGUAUUUAAAUAACUUGGGGGGGAAGUUAUGUAAUAGUAUAUUAUAUCAAUAAUAUCAUUAUAUUCACAACUUUUUUUAAAUCAUGACAUCCCAGCUAUUUUUGUAAAAAUACAAUGCCUUUUUGCCAAUAUUACGAUUUUAUUGUUACACAAAUGACGCAUUGUUCUCGCCUUAUCCGCGUAUCCUUCAUAAUAUUUAUUCAUGUAAAUAUUGCAAUUUUUUUUUUUUUUAGAUAUAAAUAGAAUUAUUUUUUCAUGGAAUAUUACAAACUUAUUCUCUUCAAUUUACACCUGCUUAUCUCGUAAUAUUAUAACAACUUUUUCUUGUAAUAUUCCAAUUUUAUUCACCGAAAAUAGCUUUAUUUUUCCCAUUUUUUAUUAUAACUUUUUUCUGUAAUAUUAAAAUUUUAUUCAACUUUUUUCUCGUAACAGUGCAGAUUUUUUUUUCAUAAAAUUGCCAACUUUACUUUUGUGAAAUGUUGAAUCUUGAAUAUGACAACUUUAUUCGCUCUCUUUUGCCCCCUCGUAAAAUUCUGGCAGAAUUUUUCUUGUAAUAUUAUAACAAUUUUGGUCCAAUAUGACUUUUUAAUUAUUGUAUUAAUAUAGCUUUGUUAUGACUUUAUAUAUUGAAAUUUAAAUUAAUUUCUGUAAUAUUACAACGUUAUUCUUACUAUUCUCUCCCCCCUUAAUAUUAUGCUAAAUACUAAAUUACAACUUUUUCCUUAUGUGGGCGUGCCCAAGUACAAGCUGAGUGGGACCAAUCACAUUGGAGUGGGCAUGCCCAGAGGCGGGCUGUGGGUGGAAUAAAUUAAAACAGACCCUUUCUGUUUGGUUAUUGCGUGUAGCUGCUCUAUAGGAGUCCACAGGUCAAUACAAAGGGCAGGAAAUGAGCAUAAUAGGUCAUAUUUGAUCAUGUCGCCUAUUAAAGUAUUUUCCCUCAAAAAUAUUCGGACACCACAUCUUUUUGCUCUUAAUAUUCCAAUUAUUACAACAAAUUUCUCAUCAUAAUAUAUCUAUAUUAUAAAUAUAUCGCAUAAUAAUAUUUCAACUUUAUUCCAGUAGUAUUAUUAUUUGAUCUUUUUAGUGUGGCCCUCGUACUUCUAUGUAUUGAUUUGAAUGGCCAACGUGUUUGAUGUGUGUUUUUUUUUCCACAUACUGUACAUGAUUGUAUUGGACGCUUUAGUGCAUGAAGAAGUUAGUAUAGUAAAAAUGUUUACAUAAUGCCAAAUACCAAUGCACUGCUAAUCGAUACUUCUGAAUAUACAGUAUAUACUGUAUAUGUCCUUUAUGUUAGAAUUGUGUACCUUUGUUUGUCAACAUUGAGGCCGCGUGCAGGCCAAAGUGGUCCCUCCUGUAAUAAUCAAUAUCGUAGAUUUGUGACUAUAAACCCCUGCUCAAAACUAACUCAAUAAAUCUAUUAUGACAAUUGCAGAACUAUUAAGAUACUUAACGAUGUGUGUGUGUGUGUGUGUGUGUGUGUAAACACUCGGGUGGCUGCAGGCUCAAGUGGGAACCCCCUCACACGGCCCACAGUGAUUACAAACACACACACAUUAUGUGAGAGGAGAAAGGGAGAAUGGCGAGAACAGAAGAAAGGAGGAAAGCAGACACACACAAAAAAAAAAACAUGUCAGACCCCCCCCAGGGAAGAUUUGGCGUUGUGUAAUUCAAUCUUGGCCACCCCACCCUACUUGAUCCCUUUUAAACAUUCACCGCAGGCGCUUCCACGCCACUGGAACGCUUCAUCAAGUCAGGGAAAAAAACACUCCACUUCACAACGUAGACCAGGUUUUUAUCAACAUGACUCAGUUAUUAUUAUUAUUUUUCUAUUAUUUUGUUAUUACACAGCUUCAUUUUUUACCA